AAAAGACCCGGGAUUCCAGCGGCUGGAGCGAAGCUGCCAUAGAGUGGAAAGAUCCAACCACUACUCAGUUCUCUUCAUGCCUGUUUGCCUGGCCUUAUCAUCUCCAUUUUAAACCAACAGCAGAUAUUAACAUCAGUGUUGAGGACGAAGCCCAGGCCUUGCAAUUGCUAGUCUACCACUGAACUAAAUUUCCAACCCAACUUAAACCAUUUUGGAGUUUGAGUUUCAGCUGAGCCAUCUAUUUCAUCUCUAAGCCAAAAUGAGCUGUAAGAAGCGGAAAUCACAGAUCUCAUUUAAUCCAAGGAAAAAUAAAAAAAUUAAGGACUAUUUCUCUCAGGUCCCCAAAGAAGAGCAGAAUGACCCCAACACAGUAAAAGUGGACUCUAAAAAAAUGCCAAGGGAUAUAACCAACACCAGGGACCAAAGACCACUUUCACCCAGGAAAACUCGACAAGAUCAGACUCCUCCCCUAAAUAAGAAAAUCACAGUAACCUUGGGUGUGAACUCUAGGAAACACAAAAACAUGAAAUAUGAGCUCACGUGUAGGGAGACAAGCAGCUUGUAUGCAGCACUCAACACUCUCAGUGCUGUCAGAGAAGAGGUAGAAAGUCAAAAGGGCAGAGAAAUGCUGGUGUGUGGCAAAGAAGGAAUUGAAGGGUACUUAAACCUUGGCAUGCCCGUCUGCUGUAUACCAGAAGGCAGCCAUGUCGUCAUUACAUUUUGUCAAUGUAAAAGUAAGACACAGGAAAAUAAACAAUUCUUUGAAUCACAGGACCAAGCAUCUACCAAUUACGUCCGAUUUUGCAUUCAUGCAGUUGGGAGUAAGAGGAAAAAGAUUCUGAAGUGUGGAGAACUUCAGAAAGAGGGGAACAAACUCUGUGUCUAUGGCUUCAAAGGAGAGACCAUCAGGGACACUCUGAGGAAGGAUGGCAGGUUUUGUACUUUCAUAGAGAGUGACGAUUGGAAACUCAUUAAUGACCUGGACACCAUCAUAGAAAACACACAGCCAGUUGAUGAGUUAGAGGGCAAGCUUUUUCAGGUUGCAGCUGAGCUACCAAAGAACCCCAGAGUAGUCUCUGUCACUCAGAAUUCUGGGUCAGAGAACAGAAACUUUCAUAAGCUAGAAGAGUACAUUGUGAAUGAGUACACUACAUUGAAAGAAGAAGGAAAAAAACUUAGAGCAUACAUCAAGGAAAAAAGUGAAAAAAGGAAGAAGAAAGCUUCCUUAUUCAAAGUGCAUAAAGAACACUUUGGGAAAAUGACAAGAAAUUCUACUCCUGUUAAAGUGGUCAAACAUCUUUCGAGGGUCAGUGACUCAGUUGGGUUCCUAUGGUGGAACAACAAUGGAAAUGCAGGCUGUGCCACCUGCUUUGUUUUUAAAGAGUUGUACAUUUUGACUUGUCAGCAUGUGAUAGCUAGCAUUGUGGGUGAAGGCAUAGAUUCAAGUGAGUGGGCAAACAUAAUUAGUCAGUGUGUAAAGGUGACCUUUGAUUAUGAAGAGUUACUACCAACAGGAGACAAGUUUUUUAUGGUUAAACCUUGGUUUGAAAUAUCUGAUAAACACCUUGACUAUGCUGUCCUGGAACUGAAGGAAAAUGGACAAGAAGUACCUGCUGGGCUGUAUCAUAGAAUAAGACCUGUGCCACAUAGUGGGUUGAUUUAUAUCAUUGGCCAUCCUGAGGGAGAAAAGAAGUCUAUUGAUUGCUGUACAGUGGUCCCUCAAAGUAGUAGAAGAAAAAAAUGUCAGGAAAAUUUUCAAGCAAGAGAGGAAGCAGGCUUCUGUUUUUCUACAUCUUUUAUCCAUAUGUACACACAAAGAAGUUUCCAGGAAAUGCUUCACAACUCUGAUGUGGUUACUUAUGACACCAGUUUUUUUGGUGGGUCUUCUGGAUCCCCAGUAUUUGAUUCUAAUGGUUCAUUGGUGGCCAUGCAUGCUGCUGGCAUCACUUGUACAUACCAGGCUGGAGUUUCCAAUAUCAUUGAGUUUGGUUCUAUUAUGGAAUCCAUUGAUGAUCAUAUGAAGCAAGAUAAAUAUAAAGAGUGGUAUAACACAAUUUCUGGAAAUGUUCAGAAUGUAGAAAUGCUGAGCAUAGAUUUCUGAGGGCUGGAAAGGGUUUAGUCUUUUAAAACUUUAAGGGAAUUGCCUAUUGUGUUUUUCUGCAGACAAUAAUGUUUUAUGAAGUUUCAAAAUGAUUGCUUUCACCCCAAAAUGGCAGUUCUAGAUUACGUCCUAGGUACCAGGCAUUUUUAGUUUAUUCAAACAAACAAACAAACAAACCAAGACAAAACCAUCAAUUGAACUAUUUAUGUAAGGUAACAUGGAAAAGAAAAUUAAGUGCUAAUGUGGUCUCGGAGAUCCUAGUGUCAGGAAAUGCUACGAUGUGAGAAAGUUCAGAGCAUAGAAACUGGAGUUGUUGGCCAAAAGAUUCAUGGAAAAAAAGAAGCCUACCAUGCUUCUGGAAACUUGAACCAAUUUCAAACAUACUCAUUUGGUUCUACGCUUAUCUCCCUUCUCUGCUGACCAGAGCUCAGCCAGGACACUGGAUCACAGAGUUUUCAGCCCUAAGAUGCCCCUGAUCAUAGAUGCCCUUCUUCCACUUUGGCUUUCUUACUUAAGACUUGGAUCUGAAAUUAACCUUCAAGGAAUGGUUUUGGAAAUCAUUGAGCAGGCAAGGAACUGGUCUCUGCCAUAGAAUUUGUGCACCUGAGAGUUCCUGGUCUUGAGUUAUGGAGAGCAAGCACUGGUUUCUACUUCAUAGGAUUCACAAUGGAGAGGGCUAGGAAGAUACUGGACAAUUUUCAGCAGUGUGACACUCAAGUCCUGGUCCCUUGGAGAGAAAGGACGCGGUGUUCAAGAAGUAAUCUCAUCAAAAUCAGAGUCAAUGAGACCUUACAUACAGAAGACAUGAGGUCUUAGAUUAUUGGAGGGAAAGUGGAACGAGUAGUUGAGAUGCUGAGGGAAGGUUGCUAAGAGAUCUGGCAUUGCUUCAAUUCUUCCCUUAUCAGAACGAAAUAUGUCCUGUGUUAGAGCUAGCAUGAUCGCAAGCCACAACUCCCCUUAUUUUCCAGACACCUCCUAGUCCUAUUGUGAGAUAUUUUGUGUCCCCUGCCCAAUGUAUUGUUCCCAAAUCAAAUACAGAUGAAUCACCAUUAAACAUAGUGAAUUUUGAGAUACAAAUUAAAAAAAUUAUUUGUAUGG